GUUUGUCAGAAACCUCGGUAGCUUGCUAGACCAAAUAUCCGAACCAAUAAAGCUCUUUAGACGCUUUAGUGUUUAUUAGCCACUGUCUUUUAAAACUACUUCUGUCGUCUAGUUAGUUAUCCGAUUUAAUUUCAUAUUUAGAGUGUUGUUAUUAGUCAGCUAGCGGGCUGGUUAAGUUAGCAUUAGCCUAGCUAGCUAACAUCUCCGACCAUGCGGUCACUAAGCUACUCUCCUUCUAAUGAAGAGAAGGAUAUCACAGUAAAACAAGAAGUAAAGAGUGGGGCCUUUACUGUGAAAGAAGAGGAGGACGCGUUCAGAGUGAAAGACGAGGAAGAUAUCACAGUAAAACAAGAAGUAGAGAGUGAGGCUGUUACUUUGAAAGAAGAGGAAGACACUCCUGCUGCUAAGGAAGAGGUGGAUAUCACAGUAAAACAAGAAGUAGAGGGUGGGGCCGUUACUGUGAAAGAAGAAGAGAAAGACACGUUCAGAGUGAACGAGGAGGAGGAUGUUGUUACUUUAAAAGUGGAGGAGGAUGUUACUGUAAAAGAGGAGGAGGAUGUUACUGUAAAAGAAGAGGAGGAUGUUACUGUAAAAGAAGUGGGGGAUGUUACUGUAAAAGAAGAGGAGGAUGUUACUGUAAAAGAAGAGGAGGAUGUUACUGUAAAAGAAGAGGAGGAUGUUACUGUAAAAGAAGAGGAGGAUGUUACUAUAAAAGAAGAGGGGGGUGUUACUGUAAAAGGAGAGGAGGAUUCCGUUUUUGGAGUGAAAGAGGAGGAGUGGGAAAUGACUGUUACAUCAAAAGAAGAGGAGGAACCUGGAUAUCUGGGCCCGGUUUCCCAAACGCAUCUUAAGGCAUCCAAUGGUUCUAACGAUGAACCGGCCCUGAUUAACACUAGAGAGAGAAGUGACUAUCUUGGAUCCUCUGGGGAGCCUCAACAACCUCAUGAUGCUGAUGACGCAGAGAAGAGUCUCUCCAGAUCAAAACACCCCAAGAAACACCAGCAGAGACCCACAGGGAAGAGAACUCACUGCUGCUCUGACUGUGGGAAGAGUUUUGUUUCUUCAGGACAUUUAAAAGCACACCAGAGAAUACACACAGGAGAGAAACCUUAUAGCUGUACUCAAUGUGGGAAGAGUUUUACGAUGUCUAGCAAGCUGACUCGACACUAUAGAACACACACAGGAGAGAAACCUUAUAGCUGUGAUGAAUGUGGAAAGAGUUUUGUCACAUCUAGCAGUCUGAUUAUACACCGGAGAGCCCACACAGGAGAGAAACCUUUUAUCUGUACUCAAUGUGGGAAGAGUUUUACGAUGUCUAGCAAGCUGACUCGACACUAUAGAACACACACAGGAGAGAAACCUUAUAGCUGUGAUGAAUGUGGAAAGAGUUUUGUCACAUCAAGCAGUCUGAUUAUACACCGGAGAGCACACACAGGAGAGAAACCUUUUAUCUGUACUCAAUGUGGGAAGAGUUUUACUCAGUCAACCAGCCUGAUAUCACAUCAGAGAACACACACAGGAGAGAAACCUUAUAGCUGUGCUCAAUGUGGGAAGAGUUUUACUCAUUCAACCGGUCUGAUAUCACACCAGAGAACACACACAGGAGAGAAACCUUAUAGCUGUACUCAGUGUGGGAAGAGUUUUACUCAUUCAACCGGCCUUAUAUCACACCAGAGAACACAUACAGGAGAGAAGCCAUAUGGCUGUAAUGAAUGUGGGAAGAGUUUUACUACAUCUGGCAGUCUGACUGAACACCAGAAAACACACACAGGAGAGAAACCUUUUAUCUGUACUCAAUGUGGGAAGAGUUUUUCUCAGUCAACCAGCCUGAUAUCACAUCAGAGAAUACACACAGGAGAGAAACCUUAUAGCUGUGCUCAAUGUGGGAAGAGUUAUACUACGUCUAGCAAGCGGACUAAACACCAGAGAACACACACAGGAGAGAAACCUUAUAGCUGUGCUCAAUGUGGGAAGAGUUAUACUACGUCUAGCAAGCGGACUAAACACCAGAGAACACACACAGGAGAGAAACCUUAUAGCUGUGCUCAAUGUGGGAAGAGUUAUACUACGUCUAGCAAGCGGACUAAACACCAGAAAAAACACACAGGAGAGAAAUCUCAGCUGUGAUCAGUGUGUGAUCUUGAUAAAAUACCUCUGAUCAAACAUCAGAAAAUACAUACAUGAAGAAGUUGUUUCAUGAUAUCAAUGAAUUUAUGUCACAAUGUACAAUGUUUUAACAUUGCAGAAGGAGUAUUUUAAUGAUGUCACAAUGUCGAACCCUAAAUGUUUGCCCCCUGUUCUAUUGAUUUCAACUUGAUGGGGAUAUUAGCUUCACGGAAAAAUUCAGGCUCUGAAUUGAAAGAGUACUAUUUAUGUGAUUUAACAAAAAUUGACUAACAAAAAAAGAGUUGAGUUACACUGACCAUGUUACACUUGAAACAAAAAGCAACACUUUAAAAUGUAGCGAGAUUUUUUUCUACAAAUGGUCCUCUAACCAGGGAUGUACACAUUAUUCCCAGAUACCGUGUGGGUUUGGAGCUGUUAGUUUUAACAGGACGUGCAACCUCAUCCUCUCGCAUACUUGAUUUCAACAUGAUAUCGAUGAGUUAUGACAAAUAAGUGUUGUGUUCAUUUGUUCUAAAAAUGUAGCUGACUGUCUUCUGCAGGUUGUCCUCUAAUCGGUGAGGUAAAAGAUAUCUCCACUUUCCAUGUGUUUUUUUGUGUGUUAGGUUGUACGUGCUGUUGAAACUAUCCCCCCCAAUCGAUAUCAGUGAUUUAUUGCGACUUGUCAAAACAUCAGCGUUUCUGGUGCUUGUUUUAUAAAAUACAUUAUUAUUUAUGUAACCAACUGACAAUUUUUGUGGCUACAAUUAUGUUGACAUUGUUUCCCUUCUUAUAGAAUAUCAGGGUUCAUUCUCAGAUGUGCCAACCCAAAUGUACUAGAGCAUGACAUUGGGGACUGGGCCCCGAUCCAACAACAUGCCUAUCUAGUGAACCCUGAAAAGAGAGAGAAGGUGGAAAGUUACUACGGAUAUUGCAGGAGUUUCCUCUUGAAAUCAGACAUGUCUGUGGUAAGGACAACUUGGUUGUUGAUUGUCUCAAGGGUGGGCAGUCAAAAAGUGUUGUGUUUUGCGCUUAGCCAGUGAGUUGCCAUGGAUCACAAUUUAUUUUGACUGCUCGUUUUUCCGUAUUGAAGAUGAUUUUUGUUUGGGCUCGUUCCAGGGGGACGAGAGUUCGAGAAGUUUUUAAUUGUUGACAGCCAGUAGACACCAUGUUUAUAUUGGUGAAGGUGAAGCAGUGUAGUUGAUUAUAAUGUGUAAUUGAAGUUGUUUUAUGUUGGUGGUAAGCAUUCUCUUAAGGGGGAAGGUGUUCGUCUUCAGUUUUUCCAUUUAUGUUUUGAGGUUGGACUUUCGCCCGUAUAGCUCGUUAGCACGUAGGUCGCACCGAUUGGUGCCACCUCGUUAGUCAGUAUGUGUUACACCUGAGCUGGCUUGUCCAUCUCGUUAGUGGGAAGGUGUUUCACCUGAGCUGGUCCAGGUUCUAUUUAAGAGUGUCUGGCCCAGUGCUCCAGUUGUCUUGGUAGAUGUGGAGAGUCAACACUUUUUAGUUUCUCCACCUUUUUGGUUUGCUUCCUUUCUAAGUUUGAGGGUUUUUCUUUUGUUUCCCUCUUCUUGGGCAGAUUUAGUGGGUCUCAUGGUGGGUGUCUUAUGUCCCAGUUGUUGUUACUCGUCAACCUCCAGUGGACACCCUCAUAGUGUCUUUCAGAGCCCCUCCUAAAAAACAAGCUUAUAUUUUGGGUUGGAUGUUGCAUCCAAUUAAUAUUUUAAUCAAUGGAAUUUCCUUAAUGUUCAUUAGUCUUUCAGUUGUUAAUCUUCUGUUUGUUGUGUACUAAAUAUUUUUUUUUAUUGUCAUUUUGUGUUUUUCCUGUGAAUCCAUUGUGUUGCAUCCAUGUCUGAAAUGUGCUGUAUAAAUAAAGCUUGAUUUGAUUUGAACAAAUGAACCCAAAGACUGACCAAUCAACAGACUCUUGGUCCCUCUUAGUAUGAAAAACAGUAUCAAUCCCACUUUUCCAGCCUGCUGAAGGCGUGGUGGCGUGGUAAACACCACCCCCGGCUCUACCAGGGGCUUGAGGUGGUCUCCCACAGCUCUGCUUAUGUCAUGUUCUGUGGACUUGCCGUUCCAUUUCUUGACUGCCCCUGCAACACAUAAAGAAAUAUAUUUAGUAAUAUUAUAUAAAACACUCAAAGUCAUGGAUAUGGAGCAUCUAUGGCCUCGGUUACACCUGGCACCUAAAUGUGAUUUCUGUCAUCCGAUCGCUCCAUUAGGUUCAGAUCUAACAGGAUGGGCCUUGGACGCAGUCAGGCCACCAAAUAUGCAUAAACAAUGUAAAGAGAUGUGGGGAAAGUAAAUUCUACAUACAUUACCUUCAUAAUAUCAAAGAACAAAUGCAUGUGUCUGAGGGAAAAUUAACUUUCAUACAGCCAAAAGGGGUGAGAAAUUACAGCAAUAUCAGUGGACAAUUUGUACUAAUGUAAAUAAACAUGGAUGAUGGAACAUAUUACCUUUUGCUGAUGUGAUGAACCGCUAAGGGGACAUAAAUAUUUACCAUCUAUGACCUCUCACCUCUGGCUGUAGAAGUGUUCUUCCUAACCAGUCCCUCAACAGCUCUCUGACUGAGCUCCACCCUCACUGGGUCUUCAGAGGAGAGGAAGGCUGAGGAGGGUUGGAAGGAUGAAUGGAUCAGUCAGUCAAUAAAGUGUAGAGCUGCUGUCUGACAAAAUCA